CCCGUCCUUAAUGGAGCGGGAUGGCCAAGCGACAGCUUGGAAGUGCUCUAGGAAGUGCCUAUGGAAGGUCCACGUCCCUCCCACACCUCUGAGAGCCUUUGUCUUCUGAAUUUUGGGCCAGUUCUAGCGAGUAAAAUUGGCCUCCCAGAUGUGUGAAAGUGACCCUGGAUCUGUAGCUCUUCAGCACCAGAACCAGGCCUCCCAGAUGUUUGAAAGUGACCCUGGAUCUGUAGCUCUUGAGCACCAUCGCUACCUUCUUUCCUGAGAGAUCCUGAAACCUUUGUUAUGGAGAAGUACCACGUGUUGGAGAUGAUUGGAGAAGGCUCUUUUGGGAGAGUGUACAAGGGUCGGAAAAAAUACAGUGCACAGGUGGUGAAGAAAGGGAUAUAUUUUCAGUGGGAUUCGGUGGUGGCCCUGAAGUUCAUCCCAAAAUUGGGACGCUCAGAGAAGGAGCUAAGGAAUCUACAACGAGAGAUUGAAAUCAUGAGGGGCCUGCGGCAUCCCAACAUUGUGCAUAUGCUUGACAGCUUUGAGACUGACAAAGAGGUGGUGGUGGUGACAGACUAUGCUGAGGGAGAGCUUUUUCAGAUCCUGGAAGAUGACGGAAAACUCCCUGAAGACCAGGUUCAGGCCAUUGCUGCCCAGUUGGUGUCAGCCCUGUACUAUCUACAUUCUCACCGCAUCCUACACCGAGACAUGAAGCCUCAGAACAUCCUCCUUGCCAAGGGUGGUGGCAUCAAGCUCUGUGACUUUGGAUUUGCCCGGGCUAUGAGCACCAACACUAUGGUUCUUACCUCCAUCAAAGGCACACCACUCUAUAUGUCUCCAGAGCUGGUGGAAGAGCGACCAUAUGACCACACAGCAGACCUCUGGUCUGUGGGCUGCAUUCUGUAUGAACUGGCUGUAGGCACUCCUCCCUUCUAUACCACAAGCAUCUUUCAGCUGGUUAGCCUCAUCCUCAAGGACCCUGUGCGCUGGCCCUCCACCAUCAGUUCCUGCUUUAAGAACUUCCUACAGGGGCUGCUCACCAAGGACCCCCGGCAGCGUCUGUCCUGGCCAGACCUCUUACAUCACCCCUUUAUUGCUGGUCGUGUCACCAUAAUAACCGAACCAGCAGGCUCAGAGUCGGGUACCCCAUUUACCAGUCGCCUACCCCCAGAACUUCAGGUUCUAAAAGAUGAACAGGCCCAUCGGCUGGCCCCAAAGGGCAGUCAGUCUCGCAUCUUGCGUCAGGCCUGUAAACGCAUGGCUGAAGAGGCCAAGCAGAAGAAACACCACAACACAGAAUCUGCCCUUGAGCAAGAGGACAGGAACAACAAGGUGACUCCCAGCACAGUCCCUCUGCCUGGACUACGGGCUACUCCUAAGGAAUCAAACCUCCUGGCUGGGAUCUUGGCCUCAGAAAUGAAGAACAGCUGGGCCGAGUGGGGGGCUGGAGAGGCCCCUCCUACACCUCGGGAAAACCACAUCACCCCAGGUUGUGAACAAGCAUUCCCAGAGCUGAGGUCAGAGGUGGUCGGCCAGCGGAGCAUUGAUGCAGUGGACCUAGAAAAUGAGGAGCCAGAAAGUGAUGAUGAGUGGCAACAACUGCUAGAGACCACUGAGCCUGUGCCCAUUCAGCUGAAGGCCCCUCUCACCCUGCUGUGUAAUCCUGACUUCUGCCAGCGCAUCCAGAGUCAGCUGCGUGAAAUUGGAGGGCAGAUCCUGAAAGGCACCCUGGAGAAUGCUUCCCAUAUCCUCCCUGCUCUCCGGGUCCUGAGCAGUCUUCUGUCCAGCUGCAGUGACUCUGAUCCCUUGUAUUCCUUCUGCCAGGAAGCAGGGCUGCCUGAGCUGCUGCUCAGUCUCCUCAGGCACAGCCAGGAGAGCAACAUUAUACAGCAGCAACCCUGGUAUGGGGCCUUCUUACGGGACCUAAUGGCUGUGAUUCAGGCCUAUUUUGCCUGUGCCUUCAAUCUGGAGAGGAGCCAGACAGGCGACAGCCUACAGGUGUUUCAGGAGGCUGCCAAUAUCUUUCUGGACCUGUUGGGGAAACUGCUAUCUCAGUCAGAUUACUCUGAGCAGACAUUGAGGAGGGACAGCCUCAUGUGCUUUACUGUCCUGUGUGAAACCAUGGAUGGGAACAGCCGGGCCAUCUCCAAAGUGUUUUACUCCAGCCUGCUGACCACGCAGCGUGCUGUGUUGGAUGGGCUCCUUCAUGGCUUGACAGUUCCACAGCUCCCUUUCCACACACCCCCAGGAGCCCCACAAGUGAGCCAGCCACUGCGAGAGCAAAGUGAGGAUCUGCCUGGAGCCAUUGCCUCUGCCCUGGCAGCCAUAUGCACUGCUCCUGUGGGACUGCCUGGCUGCUGGGAGGCCAAAGAACAGGUUUCUUGGCAUUUGGCAAAUCAACUGACUGAAGACAGCAGCCAGCUGAGGCCAUCCCUCAUCUCUGGCCUGCGGCAUCCCAUCCUGUGCCUACACCUUCUCAAGGUUCUCUACUCCUGCUGCCACAUCAGUGAGCGACUGUGCCAUAUUUUAGGGAAAGAGCCCUUGGCCUUGGAGUCACUGUUGAUGUUGGUCCAGGGCAAGGUAAAAGUAGCAGAUUGGGAAGAGUCCACUGAAGUGGCCCUCUACCUUCUCUCUCUUCUUGUUUUUCGACUCCAAGAUCUGCCUUCUGGAAUGGAGAAGCUAGGCAGUGAGGUUGCUACUCUCUUUACCCACUCACAUGUCGUCUCUCUUGUGAGUGCAGCAGCCUGUCUGUUGGGACAGCUUGGUCAGCAAGGGGUGUCCUUUGACCUCCAGCCCAGGGAAUGGAUCACUGCAGCUGCACAUGCUCUGUCUGCCCCUGCAGAGGUUCGGCUGACUCCGCCAGAUAGCUGUGGGUUCUAUGAUGGCCUCCUCAUCCUUCUGCUACAGCUCCUCACCCAAGUACAGCAAGGAAAGACUAGCCUGAUCAGGGAUGUGGCUAGCUCAGAAAUGUGGACCAUUUUGUGGCACCGUUUCUCCAUGGCCCUGAGGCUACCUGAGGAGGUAGGAACACAGGAAGAGGAACUGUCACUAUCCAAUCCAUCCAUCCCUGAGCCAGACUGGACGCUGAUCUCACCCCAAGGCAUAGCAGCCCUGCUGAGCCUGGCCAUGGCCACCUUUACUCAGGAGCCCCAGUUAUGCCUGAACCACCUGUCCCAGCGUGGAAGUCUUCUUAUGUCCACCCUGAAGCACCUUCUUUCUCCCAGCUUCUUGCAUCACCUGAGUCAGGCGCCUCACGGGGCUGAGUUUCUGCCUGUUGUGGCGGUCUCUGUCUGCCAGCUCCUCUGCUUUCCCUUUGCCCUGGAUGUGGAUGCUGACCUCCUCGUAGGUAUCUUGGCUGACCUAAGGGACUCAGAAGUUGCAGCCAACCUGCUGCAGGUCUGCUGCCACUAUCUUCCAUUGUCACAAGUCGAGCUGCCCAUCAGCCUCCUUACACGCCUGGCCCUCACGGAUCCCACUGCUCUCAACCAGUUUGUGAACACAGUGGCAGCCUCCCCUAGAGCUAUCAUUCCAUUCCUCUCUGUUGUCCUCCUGAGUGACCUGCCACUGCUGACCUCUGACCUUCUCUCCCUACUGGCCCACACAGCCCGGGUACUGUCUCCCAGCCACUUGUCCUUUAUCCAAGAGCUCCUGGCUGGCUCUGAUGAAUCCUAUAGGCCCCUGCGAAGUCUCCUGGGCCACCCAGAGAACUCUGUGCGGGCCCGUACUUAUGGACUCCUAGGACACUUGCUCCAACACAGCAUGGCCCUGCGUGGAGCACUACAGAGCCAGGCUGGACUGCUUAAUCUUCUGCUCCUGGGGCUUGGAGAUGAAGACCCUGCUGUGCGGCGCAGUGCCAGCUUUGCUGUGGGCAAUGCAGCCUAUCAGGCUGGUCCCCUCGGACCUGCCCUGGCAGCUGCCGUGCCCAGUAUGACCCAGUUGCUUGGAGAUCCUCAGGCUGGGAUCCGGCGCAAUGCCGUAUCAGCUCUGGGCAACUUGGGACCUGAGGGGUUGGGGGAGGAGUUGUUACAGUGCCAAGUACCCCAGCGGCUCCUGGAGAUGGCAUGUGGAGACCCUCAGCUGAAUGUGAAGGAGGCUGCCCUCGUUGCCCUCCGGAGCCUCCGACAGGAGCCCUGCAUCCAUCAGGUGUUGGUGUCCCUGGGUGCCAGUGAGAAAUUAGCCUUGCUCUCUCUGGGGAAUCAGUUACUGCCACAUAGCAGUCCCAGACCUGCCUCUGCCAGGCACUGCAGGAAACUCAUCCAUCUCCUAAGGCCAACACACAACACAUGAUCUCAGAUUCGUGGGAUCCAGCCUCCAGCCUUUGUUGCCCUGCUAUUGCCAAGUCUUCCUUAUUCUCCUACAUAAGCCGUCAAUUCAACUGAGAGCUGAAGAGACUGAAGAAGAGUGAUAAGCUGCCAAUUCACUUGAGAGUGAGAAAUGAGAGGAGAUUUAUGUAUAAAGCUCUUUCCUUCCCCCAGAUUCAGAAUGAUUUCAGCCAGUAAACUUCGCUACUGCUGGUGCCAGAGAAGAUUCCUUUCUUCUCUGUGUCCAGGGUCUUUUUCCAAUAAUGUGCCUUGAACUUCAGGAGUGUGCCUCCCAGACUUUAGGGAAAUAUACCUCACCUGUCCCAUCUCCCCCUUUCUGGAGCUACUGUAAUCCUCCCAUGAUUGUGCUUUAGGUAUACUGGCUUCUGUCUCAGCUCUAGGCUAAGGGGGAUAAAUGCCAUCAGCCCCUGUUGUUGAGGGGUUCCUAGCCCUUAGGCCACAUUCCUUCCAUGGGUGGGGGUUGGGCAGUAUAUCUUUUUUUAAUUGUAAUUCUGUUUGUAAACUCUUUUAAUAAAAAAUGUACCUCACCCUA